ACUGCCAAGCCCCCCUUCAGCCCCCUGCUCUGGGAGUUCAUGAGGAACGUCUACCCAGGAGGCAUCAGCUGCAUUGUCAAGAAGGGCGAGUGGCUCAAUAGGCUAGGAGUCGGGGCAGCCUAUGACAGAGUGGGGACUAAAGAAAGCAUCAUGAUCAGAGUCCCUGACCACACAGUGACCGCCCAUCUGUGCAAUAUGACUGGACCACUGGCCAUCACUUCAGCCAAUCCAAGUGGAGAGCCUGAUAGCACACACCAUGACAUGGUGAUAACGCGUCUCGGGCACAAAAUCAGUGGGGUUCUGUGUGACGGAGAAUCAAAUGAAGCGGUCGGUUCCACUGUGGUCAACUGUUUGAAGAUAGAUGAAGGUACAAUCACUAUUAUACGAGAAGGCUGUUUUCCUGCUGCCCAAGUUAGACACAUUUUUGAAAAAGUCAAAAAUUCCAUGGAGUAAAGACAAGGAACACUCACUACAAAUAACAUUAACGUAGUGAAUCACCUCUCAGGAUGUGAGAAGUGUACUAGCUGGUGAAAAUGUGAGCAGUGAUCUUCAAUUAUGAUGUAGUGACAUCACUAGGAUAAUAAAUUAUUAUUAUAGUAUUUAUAAUUAUAAAAACUGUGCCAUUUAAUUUAUUCUUAAACUUGUUUCUGUGAAGACUGGCAACAUUUACUCCUGAAAUGAAGAUUUCAAAUUUUACAGUCCACAUUUGUGAAUAAUGCAUAUAUUAAUAAAGUUAAUAAACAUUUUGUGUGUGCAUAUAUUUAAAACACUUUGAUGGUAAAUUAUAAUACAAUUUGUGUAUGCUAUGUACUUUAUGUAAUUAUAUUUGUUAUAGGUUUGUAUUUAUAAACUAAUAAAACAAAUCAAAUAAUUUGGUGAAUCUUACCCCUGAAUGCUAUUUGCUAUGAUUGUCUCAAAAUCCUGGAUAUAAAAGAACUGGUCAAGCAAUUAAAUGCAUAGUAUAGGCAUUAGAAAAACAUGGUUGUUAAAAGUGUUAAAAAGUGUUAAAAAUUAUAUUUGUCGGGGUGACAUUUCUGUUUUGUAUCUGCUGUGAAUUUCCUUCCUUAAACAUGUACUGUUUUAUUUCAUAAGACAUUUUUAAUACUGUGUAUAUAUGUAUAUAGAUAUUUUUUUUUCUAUUCUUAUAAAGUAUACUAUGUCUAGGAAGAAGUGACUGGAUUUUGAAUCUGUAAUUAAUCCUUGUUAAAACUGUAUAAACUGUUCAAUGUCUUAUAAUUACAACAUUUAUUCUGUGAUUGUCCUUAUCAAUGACCAUCAAUAAAGUAUAAUUAAGACUCAAA